AUGCUUUCUUCCCAAUCAUGCACUUUUCUUCAUCACUCCCCGAUUUUUUCUGCAUUCAAUCCAAAUCCGCCCUUCUUCUACACCACCAAUUCAUUCCAUCGCCGUAAAUUUCAUGUAUUCGCCGCUCCAAUCAAAGAAAACCACCAUCUUCACGGACACACGAGCGCCAGAAAACUGCAAGUUGAAGAUUUUCUUCAAACCGUUGCCACAGCUCCGGAAAAGCUCGAAGCGUUGGAAAAACUCCAUAGAAAUGGAGAAAUUCAGACCAUUAACGAGCUCAAUCGUCUUCUCGUCUCUCUAAUUUCAUCGUAUGAGGUUGAAUUGGCGCGGAAGCUCAAGUCCAGUUUAUCGUCUUUAGGGUUAUCCCCAAAUGUCUGGACGUAUUCAAUUCUGGUGACCGGUUUCUGCAAGAGCAACGCGACGGAAGCGACAAGUGUUCUUCACGAGAUGCUGGAGAAUGGCUUCGAGCCAAAUGUCGCCACGUUCACCACGCUGAUCAACUCGCUUUGUGAGAGUGGAAGAAUGCGGGAUGCCUACGAGGUGUUCGACGUAAUGUCUAAGAUAGGAUGCAAGCCCACAAUCAACACAUUUAACUGCUUGUUGAAGGGUUUGUGCUACGUGGGUAGAAUAGAGGAGGCUUAUGACUUAUUAGGAAGAAUCAAGAGAUCGUCAAUCAAGCCAGAUAUCUACAGUUACACCGCAAUGAUGGAUGGUUUUCUGCAAAGUGGGCCGUUCAAACGAGGCGAUGGAGUUGCUCGUUGA